GUUCAGUGGUAAUGGUUCUGCCGUGCGGGAUGUAGCUGACGGUAUCCGAUACUGUUUGUUUGUUUGUUUGUUUGUUUUCUUUCCGUGUGUAAUGCUGAGGUUCUGGUGCCGGAGGCGCGAUGCUGAGUGUGGACUCGCUUCAGGUAGCCGAGGAGGAGGUGGUGGAGUCGAGCUCCAGCCGUCUGGGGGACAUUUACACGCUGGUGGCUGAAGGCUGCUACCCGCACGCCAUGAACCCCAUCCGCAAGAAGAACCUGAAACGAUACGCGCAGAAAUUCAUCAUCGACGACGGGCGGCUGUACUACGUGGGGAUGAAGAAGGAGGAGAAGCGUGAGGUGGUGAUCGACGCCGAGCGUAAGCGUCAGAUCUUCCUGGAGUGUCACUUUAACGAGCUCGGCCAUCACCUGGGCCAGAAGAAGACGGUGCACCGCAUCCAGAGCAAGUACUACUGGCUGGGCAUCGUCAAGGACGUAGUGGACUGGAUCAAAGUGUGUGAGACGUGUCAGCACGCAGAGCGGAACAAGAACAUGGCAAGGACACCGAGACCGCUGAAGGUUGACGGCCCCUGGGACACGGUUACUGUGGAAAUACUGGGCCCUUUCCCCUGCACUACUCACGGAGGAAACACUCAGUUGGUCCUCAUCACAGAUUAUUACAGUAAGUGGGUGGAGGCGUUUCCUGUCCAGAAGAGAGACUUCCUUUGUGUGGCAAGAUGCAUUUCGUCAAUUGUUUAUCGGUACGGUUCAGUAAAAACCAUACACUGUUCUCAGGACGCUGAUUUCUGUGGAGAGGUGAGCAAGCAGCUGAGUGAGCGCUGGAGUUUGCAGCUCAAGCUCCAGCACAGCGCUCUUCUGGAGCGCACGAACGUUCUGCUGAAGGACACCAUAAAGCAGGUGGUUCUGGAGAAGCAGGCCGAGUGGGACGAUUUCAUCGAGCCGAUUCUGGCGCUGUUCAGGACGUCGGUGAACCCGGCGACCAAGUUCACACCCUACUGCCUGAUGUUUAACCGUAAAGCCAACAUGCCCGGUGAGAUGAAGCUGGACUUACUGAGUUACGAGCAAGACGCAGGAAACGAUUCUGUCAGCGAGGAGCCGGAUAACAGCUUCCUGUCCUCCAUUCAGGAGCAGCAAAAUCAGCUCAAACAGAUGGUUUUUUCCAACAUGACCGCUGCCUACAAGCAGGAGAAGAAAAGCGCCAAGCGGCGCGGCAGGAACGUGUCCUCCAUAACCCUGACCGUCACCGAGCCCUUGUGCCCCUCAGACGACUCGCCCUCACCCAAAAGACUGAAAGAUGACCUGUUCCUGACGUUUCCCGUAGAGACGGUGAUCAGCGCUGUUCAGGUGGUGGCGGAGGAGGGGAAGGACGGCCUGGAGUACGUGCUCCCGGGGCCUGAUGUACACUGACCACCUGAUGACUGAUUCGGUCCUGAUCGGGAUGUCUGGUGUUACGAUGCUUCUCUUGUGGUUCAGCCGUUCAUGGGUCUGCACGUUUCCGGGAACGUGAGUGAAGGGCGAGGAAGCGAUCGACAGCAAUAGUCACUACAUUGCACACUUAGAAACCGGGGCUCAUGGCUAAGAGCAGGAUAUUAUUUGUAAUAGUUGUGGUUUUUUUAUAUUAUGAAGGAUUUCUUUUGUGUCUGAAUUCUCCCAGAAUCCUUUUUCAUCAUGGUGGCUUUUAGGGUAAUAAACGCUAACAUAUCCACA